AGUAUCAGCUGAAGCGUAUCAAACAGGUGUGUUGUCCAAAGUUCAGCUUGACAGACCACGUGUUAUUGCGUGGAUUGAUGUCAUUUCUUGUUGGCUACUUAUAUACGUUUAGUAGCGUUUCUGGGGGAAUGUUGGCACGAAAUAGGACGGCCCUCCCCAACAGUUGUUUACUAACUAUCAGCGCUACGGCCUGGCAUGUAACUGAUACACAUCGAUGGUCUCGAUUAUAUGGUCUCUGGUAACACUACCUCUCGCCUUGUUGAGAAUGCAGUCAUGGGUCGCAGAAGGGCGUCGAUUUUAGAGUUACAUCCCUUGGAUUGCAACCCUCGAAAAAGUAAGCCAGAAUUCUGGCUGGAUAGGACAUGGUGCUGCGAAAGCUAAUCGUUCACAAUUUCAUCAAGUCGUUUAUUAAAAUAGAAAAGAGAUCAUCAGUUGUGAUAUUCAAAUACUCACUGACAACAAUGGUUGGUCCAUCGCUUCAUGUCAGCCAACCGGAAGUGCUUGUGGACGAGAAAGUACGUGUUACUGUGACUGGUCUUCGGAGACAUCAGAAGGUUACCUUGCUGUCGACGCAGGUAGAAAACAACAAGAACUUUGCAUCGUGUGGUCACUUUGUGGCGGAUGACCAUGGCAGUGUCGACACCUUCGUCCACGAGAGUCACGGGGGAACUUAUUCAGGUUUACAACCGAUGGGCUUAUUCACAUCCACGCGAGAACCGUUCGGGACAUCCCGAUUAUUGAAGCUAGAUGUCACUACACCGUAUGACGUGACACUGUCAAUACACGAUGACCACAGGGAGUUUGCGCCACUGGCUCGAGAGUAUAUGCUGUCGCAUUCAGCGCUAGCUGAGACGUCACUCAAACGAUGGUACAUGAGACCCGGUGUCAAGAAAAUUAUCGUUGACGAAGACGGAAUCUACGGCGCGUUGCUUUUACCACCAGGUGAAGGUCCGUUCCCUGGUAUUGUGGACGUGUUUGGUAUGGCUGGCGGCAUCAUGGACUACAGAGCAGCGCUCCUGGCAUCUCACGGAUUCGCUGCCUUCUCUCUGGCCUACAUCGCCUAUAAGGACCUUCCAAAAAAGCCAGAGGACUUGGAUGUAAAGUAUUUCCUGAGAGGCGUUGAAUGGCUUGCUGGUCAGUCGGUGGUUGCUCGCGGUGGAGUUGGGAUGAUCGGUCACUGUGUUGGAGGUAGCCUGUGUAUGACCACAUCGACACUUUCUCCCCAUGUGAAAGUAUUGGUAAGCACCAAUGGCAACCCCUUCAUGAUGCUCCCCCAGGAUAUUUACAUUGACGAUAUUGCAGUGCGUGGGACCAAGUUCGACGUGAGAAAGUGCACAUUCACUGAUGAAGGAGUGAUACAGAGAGAUGCAUUUAAGGAGUACAACCUAAAGGAGCAUAUCUUACCGAUUUGGCGACGGGAUAUUAAGACAUUGAUAGUCGUUGGAGAAGAAGAUUUGUGUGUUGACCCUCUGUGGCAGCAUGACCUUGAAGCAGCCAUACCAGGUGAUAAAAAGAAGAACUUCCGCUUUGUGUACUACCCGGGGGCAGGUCACCUGAUUGAACCGCCAUAUUCUCCACUGUGUAAGGCAUCAUACAACAAAAUACUUGGCGUCACUCACCUGUGGGGCGGGGAGGAAGAACAUCACCUGCCGGCUCAGGAGGAUGCGUGGCGAGAGAUACUGAUGUUCCUCAAUACACACAUGACUCCGAAAUCUCAGUUGUGACCUAUGACACGCUUGUGAUCAGUUCAGAUCAGAGCUCCGUCGUAACAGAUAGUAAACAGAGAUAUCUGUUCACAGUGGUUUCUGACAGCUAUUUUAAAUUUGUUUCACAUUGUUUAUUCCAGUAUUGUUAAUUGAUGUGUUACAGAAGAUGGAAGAUAUGCAAGGAGAAUUGAUUAAAUAAAAGGCUGUGAAUGGUA